AUGUCCAAGGAGCGCGCCAUAAACGACGAGGAGACGCAGCCUUUGACCAAAGAGGCCGCCUCCUCGCGACAGUCACAGGACGAGGCCCGCGCUUCCGCCGAUUCCGACUCCACCACCUCUCUGAUCUUCGAAGGCAUCAACGGCACCUACGCAAAGGACCAGCUGCCCGAGCCCUACUCCGACUUCAACACCACAUCGCGCCGCCAGGAAGACGAGUUCGACGUCGAGGAUGGACCAUACUAUGGCGUGAGGCCUACGGACAAGAAGCUCCGGAAGUGGGUGUGGAUUCUCGGCGUCAUCUGCAUCGCCGGCUGGGUGCUGGCCCUGUUCGCCUUCCUCUCCAAGGGCGCCUACAAGCACGCAUCGACCAAGCCGCACGACCCUCUUGCCACGUCUUCCAGAGGCUCGGGAAAGAAGGUUACACUGGACCAGGUGCUGAGGGGAGAAUGGAGCCCGCAGCGCCACGACCUGUCCUGGAUCGCCGGCCCGAAUGGCGAGGACGGCUUGCUGCUGGAGAAGGGCGCGUCGACCAAUGGCUACCUUGUCGUCGAGGAUGUCCGUGAUCGCGAUACAAAGAAGCCUGCCGAGAACGCGACCGUCUUGAUGAAGCAUGGAGGAUUCUACGUCGGCGAACGCUGGGUCCAGCCGUACGAUGUCUGGCCGAGCCCGGAUUUCAAGAAGGUGCUGGUCAUGUCCGAGAGGGAGCACAACUGGAGGCAUUCUUUCUAUGGCCGCUACUGGAUCUUCGAUGUCGAGACGCAGACUGGCCAGGCAUUGGACCCCAAGGAUCCCGAGGGCAGAAUUCAGUUGGCCUCGUGGUCGCCCAAGUCCAAUGCCAUCGUCUUCACCCGGGAGAACAACAUGUACCUGCGCAGGCUCGAUACUGAUACCGUUGCCCUCAUCACCAGUGACGGAGGCGAAAACCUCUUUUAUGGUGUACCUGACUGGGUAUACGAAGAAGAAGUCUUCGGAGGCAAUAGUGCCACGUGGUGGUCCAAGGAUGGUAAAUACAUUGCAUUUCUCCGGACGAACGAGUCAAUGGUCCCCACAUACCCUGUUCAGUACUUUAUUUCCCGCCCAAGUGGUAAGGAGCCGGCGCCUGGCGAGGAAAAUUACCCCGAAGUGCGCGAGAUCAAAUACCCCAAGGCAGGAGCACCGAAUCCUAUUGUCAACCUGCAGUUCUACGACCUUGCUCAGAGUGAAGUCUUCAGUGUCGACAUCACCGACGACUUUGCGGAUGAUGACCGCCUCAUUACCGAAGUCACCUGGGCUGGUGGCGAGCAGGUCCUUGUCCGUGAGACUAACCGCGAGAGCGACAUACUCUCCAUGAACUUGAUUGAUGUUGCAACGAGAACGGGCGCAAAGGUCCGGACGGACAACGUGAACGAGCUCGAUGGAGGAUGGAUGGAGGUCUCUCACACCACGACCUUCAUCCCUGCCGACCCCCAAAACGGUCGCCAGUCUGAUGGGUACAUUGACACCGUCGUUCACAAUGGAUACGACCAUCUUGGAUACUUUACGCCUUUGGACUCCAAAGACCCGAUCCUCCUCACCGAGGGAAAUUGGGAAGUUGUUGAUGCUCCAUCGGCCGUAGACCUCAAGAAGAACUAUGUCUACUACGUCUCAACCAAGGAAAGCUCCAUCCAGCGCCAUGUUUACCGUGUCAAGCUCGAUGGCAGUGGCACAGAGGCCCUCACCGACACCAGCAAGGAAGGUUACUAUGACGCAAAGUUCUCCACUGGUGGAAGCUACAUGUUGCUUUCAUAUCAGGGGCCUGACAUCCCAUGGCAAAAAGUCGUCAGCACUCCCAGCGCUGCAGAGCCUUAUGAGAGUCUGAUCGAGGACAACAAACUGCUCUCAAAGAAGGCACGGGAGCACGAGCUGCCCAUCAUGUCCUACUCUACCAUGACUGUCGACAACAUGGAGUUGAACAUUGUCGAAUACCGUCCUCCGCACUUUGACAAGAAGAAGAAAUACCCCGUCUUGUUUCACAUGUACAAUGGGCCGGGAAGCCAACAGGUUGCCAAGAAGUUUGGCGUCGAUUUCUCGUCCUACGUUGCUUCUUCGCUUGGCUAUAUUGUUGUCACGCUUGAUGGCCGCGGUACCGGUUUCAUCGGCCGCGCCGCUCGUACCGUCGUCCGCGGCAACCUCGGCCAUUACGAGGCCACGGAUCAGAUCAAUGCGGCCAAGCUCUGGGCCUCGAAGCCGUAUGUCGACAGCAAGAAGAUGGCCAUCUGGGGCUGGAGCUACGGCGGCUUCAUGACGCUCAAGGUGCUCGAGCAGGAUGCAGGCGAGACGUUCAGGUACGGCAUGGCGGUGGCACCUGUCACCGACUGGCGCUACUACGACUCCAUCUACACUGAGCGCUACAUGCACACGCCACAGCACAAUCCGGACGGCUACGCUGAGAGCACCAUCACCAACGCGACGGCCCUCUCGCAGAACGUCCGGUUCUUGCUCAUGCACGGCGUCGCGGAUGAUAACGUGCACAUGCAGAACAGCCUCUGGCUCUUGGAUCGCCUGGACUUGGCCGGUGUCGAGAACUACGAUGUCCACGUCUUCCCUGAUUCCGAUCACAGCAUAUAUUUCCACAAUGCGAACAGAAUUGUUUACGACAAGCUGAGCACCUGGCUCAUCAACGCGUUCAAUGGCGAGUGGCUGCGCACCGAGGAUCCCGCCCCGGUACAGGUGGGUACGGUGACUGAGAGAGAGGAUGAGUUGAGUGAUUAG